UUUCACAAAUUAUCAAAUCAUUGCAUCAGAGUCACUGCAACUACGUAUUUGUGUAUAUACACUUCACAUCGGCAUCCAUUUUUGGUAAACCAGACAACGUGAAGUGUCCGUAAAGGUAAAAAGGGUGGUGUUCAAGUUUAAAAACUCUAGAUCGUCACUGUGUAAAGAGGACCGACCGUGAGGACCAACAUGGCAGACAUGGAGUCAGAAAACACCAAACCAUUCCUUCGACUGUACAGCCGGCAGUCGGACGACACAAGUCUCGGCACAGACGGAGCUGCGCAUGUGCACCAGUGUGCCGUGGAGGAGAAAAUCCCAGUGUUCCUCGUGGUUUCCGGCGCGCUAUGCCUGCUGGGAGGCCUGACAGGUGUGCGGCGACCACGUGACCGCCGUGAGGACACCUGCUGCUGCAGCUACACCUGCGACAGGUACAACAUACCUGUGGUGCUGCUGAUAGCGGGAUGGUUUAUUGCAGGUAAUGUGUGGGUGUACUCUGUAUACCCUAGCGUCAUCACUGUAGACCCCACAACAACAUCGUUCUGCCAGCCUACGCUAUACUACUUCGCGUUCUGUUACGUCACGAUCAAGUGGAUCAUCGCUGCCCUGGCUGCCAUGGCCCUGCCCUUCGUCAUGACGUCAUUCUCCCUGCCGUUCACCUUACAGUCGCCAGGCGGCCGAUAUGGUUAUGUCCCGUUUUAGGAUUUCAAGCGAAGUUCCGUUUUUUGUGACAGCAAUGGUACAUUGUUUGGUGUCAUUCAAGGUUCAUGGAAUGUACGAUAAGAUAGUAAACUUUUCACAGACUUAACAUCUGCACAAUUAAACGCUUUACGUUGUACUGACAAGGCUUUACCCUGUACUAACCUCAGUAUAGUAUCUGUUAAAAAUGUACCG